GGUACCGACAUCUUUUGCCAUGCAUCGCUCUGGAAUCAAGGACGUUCAACACCUUGCUGGAAUGCAGUCUUACAACCAUGCAAGAGUUGUCUACUAGCCAUAAACGAACACCCCAACAUAGCCAGCACCACUAGUAGCUCUGUGCAUCUGGAAGCUGCCAUGGAGAAGGGAAUUCUUGACAUCGAUGUGGUGGUCAUUGGAGCUGGAUUAAGUGGCUUGUGUGCUGCAAAGCUUCUCCAGGAGUCCGGUUUGGAUGUCCGAGUUCUGGAGGCCAGGGACAGGGUAGGCGGAAGGACAUACACGAAGAGGGAUCCUAGUUAUGGGUAUGUUGAUUUGGGAGGUUCGUACGUGGGACCCACACAGGACAGAAUCCUGCGCCUCGCAAAAGAACUGGACUUGAAAACCUACGUGGUUGAUAUGAAGGAGAAAGCAGUGCUCUACUUUGAGGGAGUAAGGCAAACGACAAGCGACACCGGAACAUAUCUAGCCCAGUUGAACAACCCACUCGGUAUGUUAGACAGCAACAACAUUUUCCGGAAAAUACAGAACUUGGCUCAACAGGUCCCCCUUGCUGCUCCAUGGAAUGCACCAAGAGCUAAGGAGUGGGACAUUAUGACAGUUCAGGAGUUCAUCAACAAGGAGUGCUGGACAAGGAUGGCCAGGAGUGAUAUACAAGGUGUGGUGCAGUCCACAUUCUGCUGCGAAGCCCACGAGAUCUCCUUACUGUAUUACCUGUUUUACAUGGCUUCUGGGCAGGGACAAAGACGGGUUAUUUCCGCCACCAAUGGAGCGCAGGAGAGGAAAAUUGUGGGCGGUGCCAUGCAAGUGAGUGAGAAGAUUGCGGCGUUGCUAGGCGACAGAGUCGUUCUGUCUAGUCCUGUUUUGAGGAUAGACCAGGAGGAUACAGUUGCCAUAGUAACCACCCACAGCGGGCAACGGUACAGGCUUUACCUCUUUAACGUUUUUCAGGCCAAAUAUGUCAUCAGUUCUGUGCCACUGCCCGUUCUGCACAGAAUUCUAUUUGAGCCUCCUCUUCCAGCUAUGAAAUUACAGUUGGUGCAGAGGAUGACGAUGGGAUCUAUCAUCAAAACCAACACAUACUACCGGACGGCAUUUUGGAAGGAGAAAGGCUUUUCCGGAGAAGCACAAUCUGACAUAGGACCGGUCAUGUACUGUGUAGAUGACACCAAACCAGACGGCAGCCAUCCUGCAAUCACGGGGUUCAUCCUAGCCGGACAUGCCAGAGAUGUAUGUGAGAUGUCCCCCGAAGAAAGGAAGCAAGCAGUUUGUGAAUACUAUGCUGAAGUCUUCCAGUGUCCAGAGUUUCUUCAUCCUGUGAACUAUGUGGAACAGAACUGGAUGGCGGAUCCUUUUUCUGGGGGCUGCUUUGUGGCCACCUUAGGACCUGGUGUGCUGACAAGCUUUGGCAGAGCGAUACGCAAGCCGUUUGGUAAGGUGUACUUUGCCGGUACGGAGACAGCAGUAAAGUGGAAUGGCUACAUGGACGGGGCUGUGGAAUCUGGCGAGAGAGCUGCAAGAGAAGUUUUGCAUGCCAUAGGGAAGAUAUCAGAAGACCAGAUCUGGCAGGAGGAGCCCCCGAGUCCUGAUGUUCCCCACACACCUUUUGAAGAUAACCCAUUGGAGAAAAUCCUCCCGUCCGUUCCACAGUUCCUGUAUAUUCUGCUAGCACUCGUUGUGCUGCUGCUUUCUGUGCUAUGGGUUUAUCUGUUCUAAAAAGCUACAUCUU